AUGGCAUCUCCGACGCAACUACAAACUUAUCCUUCCAAGCCGCGGGUUUUCAUCCUAAGCGAUAUCUCCAACGAACCGGAUGAUGCGGAGUCUCUUGUACGUUACCUGUUGUACUCGAACCAAUUUCAGACAGAGGGAUUGGUUGCGUGUACGUCAACAUGGAUGAAGAACAAGGUCUGCCCACAAGACAUGCACAAGAUCGUCGAUGGCUACGAAAAAGUGGUCGACAACCUUAAUGCUCAUGCUCACCCAAAUGACCCGUACCCCACGGCUCAGUACUUGCGAUCUCUGAUUAAGAAAGGUGCAGAGACAUAUGGCAUGACUGCCGUAGGCAAUGAUAUUCCCCUCAGCGAGGGCGGCGAAUUGCUCCUCCAGAGCAUUGAAACAUCCUCAGAAGAGCCUCUCUGGAUCCUCUGCUGGGGUGGAACGAAUGUGCUCGCCUCUGUUCUUCUCAAAAUCCAGAACACCCAUUCAGCCAUCGAUGCAGCCAAACUGCGGUCCAAGCUACGCGUCUACGCCAUCUCCGAUCAGGACGAUACGGGUGCAUGGAUCCGAUACAAUUAUCCAGACCUCUUCUAUAUAUGCUCCGUACACGGCUGGAACCAGUAUGGCAUGGCUGCGUGGUGCGGCAUUUCUGGCGACGGCUGGUACGGCUUUGACAAGGGCGGCCCCGAUCCCACCAAGAUCAGCAAGGAGUGGAUCAAGGAGAAUAUCCAGAUUGGCCCUCUGGGCUCGAUAUACCCCGACUUCAUGUUCAUCCCCGAAGGCGACACGCCGACGUUCUUGUAUAUCAUCCAGAACGGCCUGGGCGUGCCAGAGCGGCCAGAGUUCGGCUCAUGGGGCGGUCGCUAUAUCAGCACCGAUAUCAGUGGCAAGGGCGUUGCGAACGGACACUACAGUGAUACCGCGGACGAGGUGAUUGGGCGCGACGGCAAGGAGCACAAAUCCAAUCACGCGACCAUCUGGCGAUGGCGCGAUGCCUUUCAGAACGACUUCGCCGCCCGCAUGCAGUGGUCGCUCUCUGCGGACCCAGGCAAGGCGAACCACCACCCGGUCGUGGAGAUAAAUGGUAGCAAGGGCCUGGAGCCGCUGUAUCUUGAGCUGGAGGCUGGCGCUACCUUCCAGCUCGAUGCGUCGGCCUCGUACGACCCCGACCCCCGCGAUACACUCACCUUCAAGUGGUACCAGUACCGGGAUCCGAGUGCGACCCAGUGGUCUGUUCACCACGAGGUCGGACAGCUCGAAGUUAUGCCUUUGAAUGAGGCUAGUAGUAUUGUUGAGAUCACGCUCCCGCCGCCAGAAAAAUGCUGCGUGGAGCUGAUCAGCCGCGCCGCAGUCCGGAAAGGCCAGGUACUUCAUCUCGUGCUUGAAGUUCAGGAUAAUGGAUCGCCGCCCUUGAUCAGCUAUCGCCGUGUCAUUAUCCAAACGACGAAUGAGAAAUUGUUGGGCAGCGGUGGUGGUGCUGACGCGAUUGGUGAUAUGAUGCGGGAUAUCAUGCAAUAG